UCUAAAAGGGGUGGCUAAAAAUUAAAACCACCGUCCAAGACACUUGAACUCUCAUCCUUAAAGGUUGUGCAGCACUGAAGCUUCAUACACUAGAGUUUUGUGCCUCCCUUUACUGAAGAUGACUCAAAACAUAAGAUUUUGCUCUGUCCUUUGGAUAAUUGUUGCAAUUAUUGCUGCACAUACAGCAGCGAUGGACACUAAUACAACUACAGCUAAUACAACGACUCCUAGUGCUACAGAGGCUCCUGCUAAUACAACGACCCCUGUAAAUACAACGACCUCUAGUACUACAGGGGCACCUGGUAAUACAACGACUCCUGUAAAUACAACAACUCCAGCUACUACAGCAGUUCCAGGUACUACUACAGCAGUUCCAGAUCCCUGUGCUUCAAACCCUUGUGGCAAAGGAAGCACGUGUGAGGCUCGAGCCAAUAAGGGCUUUGUAUGUUUGUGUCUGGCUGGUGAUAACUACAACAACAAAACACAUCGUUGUGACCCUGCCAAAGUUUUCCCUGGACAAAUACAACCGCCUGACAUACCAUAUGAAAACAGCAUGUCAGACAAGGCAUCACCAGCGUUCAAAAGGACUGCAGACCUUAUUACCCAAGAGCUGGACAAGAGUUUGGGAUCUGAUCCUACUUACGUUCGAUCUAUAGUGCUGGAACUGAGGCCAGCUGUCAACAGGCUAUUAAGGAUGUCGCCUGGUAUUGAUGCGACUAUAGAGAUCAUCUACUCACCAGAAUCCAACAUCACAGCAUCAGAUGUUGUAGCAGAGGUGAAGAAGGCCACUGAAUGCACCAACUGUUCACUGGCAGGUGGAACUUUUACUGAGGAGGACCUGUGUAAGAGGAACGCAUGUGAUGAAGUCACCGCAAGUUGCUUUUCAGGAGAUGGAACUUUCACCUGCACCUGUAAGAACGAGUACGUUCCAAAUGACUUCAGCACCAGAGCCUGUCGUGCUUGUCCCUCUGGACAAAAAGCAGAGAAUUCUAAGUGUGUCAGUUGUCCAUUUGGUUAUUCUGGUCUUAACUGUAAUGAAAGUACUGUUUUGAUUCUGGUGAUUGUCGGCUCUGUGCUCGGUGGACUGCUGCUCAUAUCCUUCAUCCUCCUGAUAGCAGUGUUAUCAAAGAAAAGUUCUCAGAAGAACAAACAGGCAGUCACCGGCACUCCACCUGCAACUUUUGCUAAUGCCAGGAUGGACAGGAACUUGAGCCUAGAUGACCAGGAAUAUGAAAUCAUGCCAUAUGCCCAGAGCCAACUCCAGAAUAACCCGUAUGGCCGGAGCCAAGGCCACACCAACCAUUACUACAAUUAAGAUGAUGGAAGACAGGUUAGUUGAUGCAGAAUCACAGAGGUUGACAUUUACCAAGAACCAAUACCUACUAAAUUUUGUUGCUGUGAUUUUUCUGUCUCUAUUUACUCCACAAAUACCAUGUGUUUAUAGUAAAAGCUGUAUGACAGUUGUGUAUAUCUGCAGUGUAGCCUUUCACCACUCUGACUUGUACAUAUUUUGAGUUAUAUUCUGAUCCAUUUCAAGUUGCCAUAAAUCAAUCCUGUCUGUCACUGACUACAUAAAAUGUACAUAAAAGUUUGCCAUAUGUUUUCCAGAUUUUAUCUUGCUUCUAGUGAAUCAAUAUAUUAUUUAUUUAAGUUGUUUAUUCAGACAGAAACUCUGAAAGGAAGAGCUAUUUAAUGUUUUGUUAUUUAGUUUUCUUGUGUAUGAAUGGAUUUUUUUGGAUAUAAAAUGUUGUGGUUCAUGAAAAUCUCUGUUUAAUGUGUGUUUAACGCAGGCUUUGUAAAUGAGACGAGGUUGUUCAGAUGGAAUUUGAAAUCAUCUAUGUUUUAAAUGUUUACUACACUGAAAUGUUUGUUAUUUUUUCAUAUAACUGGGAUUAUAACAAUGCCAGUUUUGUGUUGGUUUUUCCCUUAUAAUAGUGCUUUGUUCAUUUUGACUUUGUCUUGUCUGAGAUCAUGUUUUGAAAUAAAGGAUUUUAAACUA